AUGGCUAGGCCCUGUGCUUUCCUGAUGGCUCUGGUGCUGAUGAGCUACUGGUCAACCUGCUCUCUGGGAUGUGACCCGCUUCAGACUCAUAACCUCAGGACCAAGAGGGCCUUGACACUUCUGGCACAAAUGAGGAGACUUUCUCCUUUCUCCUGCCUGAAAGACAGGAAGGACUUUGGAUUCCCCUUGGAGAAGGUGGAUGCCCAGCUGAUCCAGAAGGCUCAAGCCAUCCCUGUCCUGCGAAAUCUGACUCAACAGAUCUUGAACCUCUUCACAUCAGAGGACUCAUCUGCUGCUUGGAAUGCAACCCUUCUAGACUCAUUCUGUGAAGACCUCCACCAGCAGCUCAAUGACCUCAAAGCCUGUCUGAUGCAGCAGGUGGGGAUGCAGGAACCUCCCCUGACCCAAGAAGACUCCCUGCUGGCUGUGAAGAAAUACUUCCACAGAAUCACUGUGUACCUGAGAGAGAAGAAACACAGCCCCUGUGCCUGGGAGGUGGUCAGAGCAGAAGUGUGGAGAGCCCUGUCUUCCUCAGCCAACUUAAUAGCAAGACAGAGUGAGGAGGAGUGA